UUUCAAUGUCGUCGUGGACGCUACACACGAAUCUACGAGUACAGUAAAGAGAAACGGAAUGACUUUUAAAUGCCGCAAACGAUUCGCCUUUUCUAAUUUUUUUUGAGUGCUCUCUUUCUCUGUGAAUGAGAGGUGCGGUCGUACAAAAGAGAUGGCUCUUUACUGAAUUAAAUAGGUUGGCAGCUCAGUAUAUAAUGAAGUGGUCAGUACUUGAUUCCAUAAAUUACGCAGAGAAAUCUGGCAACACUGAAAAGUGCUCAGCAGCUGGCAAUAAAAGCUUAAGCCGCAGUUUCUUCAAAAAUUAAGUAAAUAGGAGAAACUCAAAGUUUAAUAAUUAAUAUUAAAGUUGGUAUCAUGAGCCUCAACCUAGGAGGUUGGAUUCACAGCUUUACGGUCACAGAUACGCAGAAACAUAAGGGAGGAUACACUAUUUACAAAAUUACAUCGAUUGUCUUCCCGCGCUCAGUGCCACAAGCAUUAACCUGUCUGGUGGUAUGGAAACGGUUUCAUGAGAUAAAACGCUUGCAUCGCGAGCUUAGCCGCCGACACAAAAGCCUUAAGUUGCCUGGAAAGUUGCCGGAGCCCACAGACAGCACGUAUUUUGCGCGAUUCGAUGAAAAUGUUAUACAACGUCGUAAGGAUUACAUCCUGCAGCUGCUCGAUGCCGCCGCUCAGCAUCCGGCGCUAUAUAAAUGCUACUUCUUUACCCAAUUCUUUAAUGAUGCGCAUUCACCCAAUACAUCGCCUUUGCGAAAAUUAUACGUUGAGCGCACAUUCAAGUUGUCCAGCAGCAGCGAUAUGGAACAGACUGAGAGCUGUAUUGGCGAGAGCGGUGCGAUAGCAGAGAUCUGCGAUAAACUUGAUCUGCCCUACGAUCAUCACGAUGCUGGCGGUAUAACCCCACUUGACCCACGCUGCGAUAAAACCGGCGUAGACGAUGGCGAUGAACAAAUAAACAAUGAUAAGAAUGAGGCCGCAGAUGACGAUGAAAUCGAUGAAGUGCCAAUAGGUGUUCAUAACAAACGAGACCACACACGUUUCCUCACGCCGAUGGCUUCAGUCGAGAGCGAUGACAGCGACUAUAUAUAUGAAGCGGCUUUGGAAUUCAGUCAUGCUGUCCAAGCUGAAGUGAAUUUGGAGUAUAAGGUAGCCCAUGAUCGCUACAAACGUGGAGUGGAGCUAUUGCUCAGUGGCGCCAAGGACGAUGCCAAUGAUGACCGCAAAUUUAUUGCCAAGGCUAAGAUUGCCAAAUAUUUGGCGCGUGCCGACGAAAUACAAGCUCGUUUUCUAUCGGAAACUAAUGUGGCUACCGGUACCAAGAAGCUUCCGUUCCAGCUCUCACUCGAUGUGGUUGAUAGUGGCGGCGAUGUGACCUAUCUGGAGUGCGCAUGGAAUCAACUGGCCAAAUAUAAGGUGCUUCAAAUACUCGGCGAGCGCGUUAUGCAGGUGCAGUGCGUUACUCAGCCACACCAGCCGGCGGCGAUAAUGAAGGGCGUUGAAAAGCCCGCCAGCAAUUCGCCCACACAAAGCAUUUUCCUGCCGCAACAGGUGCCCUACAUGGUCGAGCUACUAGCCUACUUUCAAUCGGAACAGAAAAUAUUUCUCCUGCUGAAACAGGCAGAAGGCGGACGCCUAUAUGAUUACAUAAAAACCUAUUCGCCAACAUCAACCAAAUGCAGUGACUAUGCUGAACUAUUCCCAGCUCUUGGUGAUGAGCUGUCAGAUGAACCGCUGACUGCGGUAAGCGAUGUCAACGAUUUGGUGCGGAGUUCACAGCAAUUGCUUAAGUCUGUUUCGCAUACGCUUCAAGCGGUGCAGGCGGGCACGCCACGUCGCCUCUCCAGGCAGCGGCAACUGGAGACGAGUCGCACGCGUUUGCCGGAAGCGUCGAUGCGACAAUGGGCCUGCGAAUUGGCGGUGGCCAUACACUCUCUACAUGGCAAAGGAAUCAUAUUGAGAGAUCUAAACAUGGCCAACAUUUUACUGGGCGCCAAGGGCCAAUUACUUCUCACUUAUUUCUAUCAGAACGAAGGCCUUAGCUCCGAUGAUAAUUACGUUCACAAAGCUCUAAGUCUGACCGCCGUGGCCGGUCAUUUUGUGGCACCGGAACGGCCAUUAAGCUUCAAAUCGGACUGGUGGAGCUAUGGCGUUGUGCUCUAUCAGCUACUUCUCGGUUUGCCUUACAAGACCACGCACCCGGGUCAGGUGGGAUUCUAUGGUUGCGUACAGUACCCCGAUACUGUGGAUAUAUCCGACAGUGCACGGGAUCUAUUGGACAAACUCUUACAAGUGGCGCCAGAGCAACGUUUGGACUAUGAGCAGCUGCAAUCUCAUGAAUUUUUCGAUGGCAUCAACUGGCAGGAUGUGCAGCAAAGAGGCUGCUCAGGAUUCUAGUUAAUCCGACUGUUGUAUUACGUACCUUUCACAAUUUUGUUACGUCACAAAUCUCACUUGGCUAAAAUUGCCUAAAUUUGUUGUUAUUGUUUGCUUUUUGUUAUUGUGUAUUAUUAUUAUUCAAAUUGAAUUUAUACUUCCUACUUUUGGUACAAAAUAUGAUUUGUUUUCUUAGUUUAUAUUUCUAAUAUACAUAUAUGUAUUUACAAUCUAUUCAACUCUAAAGAGGUUCUUAAGACUCAACACUUAAACACAAUGGCAUAAAGUUGCUAAAGUAUUUCUGUAUACAAUUUAUAUGUACUAUAUAUAUACAUAUUCCAAACUAUAUAAAUAAGAAGAUAAGAAAGUAUUCAAAACAAUGCUAAAGCUCAGCAAAAGUAUUUGAUUUUGCACAAAUAAUGAACAUUCAAGUUUUUAUUGUCUACUA